CUUUGAGUUCUACUCGGUAUGUGGAAGAAUCUUUGAAUGCUCCUUUUGAAAGACCUUAUCAUUUCUGGUAGGGUCUAUGGUCCUUGCAGGCUAUUCCCUUGGAAGUCCUUGAAGGUCAUUCGCAGGCCUUGAAUUGAGAACAUGGAUGUCCACAAGGACCAACCUCGCACAAAUGGUCGGCCUUUGGUUCAACAUCCCCUGGGCAGCACCAGGAACUUGUGUGGAACCACAAGUCCUCUGUCAGCACUGGGUCCUUGAAUGGCCUUGAAGAAGGCCCCGUGUUGCAGGUGCUGCCUGUAACCGUGCAAGAAAAGGAAGGCAGAGAGCGAGGAGCCCGGGGAGGAGAGAUCCCGUCCUCGCAGGGCAAGCAGCUGGUGAGAGUUGGUGGAUGACUGUUUGAGAACCCGCCGCAGGCUCAUCAUGGCUCAGGUGCUGCAUAUGGACCCCGGCUUCCCAGGGAAACUCAACCCACCUGCUCCCGCUUCCCUGCACGGCAAAGAACAGGAGGCGCCCUACUCAGUGGAGACCCCCUAUGGCUACCGGCUGGACCUAGACUUCCUCAAAUAUGUUAACGACAUAGAGAAGGGAAAUACUAUAAAGCGGGUGCCUAUCCAGCGUCGGCCACGCUAUGGCUCCCUGCCCCGUGGCUAUGGCUAUGCCGGCUCCUGGUGGACGUCCACGGAGUCCCUGUGUUCCAACACCAGCAUGGACAGCCGGCACUCCUCCUUCUCCUACUGUGCUCCGGGCUUCCACACGUCUCAGAGGCCCAGCUUCAGCACGGCCCGGGUGGAGAAGACCCUGUUGGAUGCACGCAGGAAGCUGGAAGAGGAGAAAGAGGGGCGUCGAUUCUCCAACCUGGGCAGCAUGCACAGCAGCGUGGCAGGCUCCAACACCUCCAUCAGCAGUGCACACAGCUACAACCGGGCCCAUGGUGGAGGUGGAUCCUUUACCCCAAUGAGUUCUGGCCUCUCCACCCCGGUGACCCCAACCCCAGCCCACUUGCAGCAUGUCAGGGAGCAGAUGGCGUCAGCCCUGAGGAAGAUUAGGGAGCUUGAGGAGCAGGUGAAGACCAUACCUGUGCUCCAGGUGAAAAUCUCUGUGCUGCAGGAGGAGAAACGGCAGCUCAGCGUCCAGCUGAAGAGCCAAAAGUUCCUGGGCCACACUCUUGGUUUCAACCGCGGCCGCUCCCGAGGGGAGCUUUAUAUCGACAUCCCCGAAGAAGAACUGAGCAGUGGAGCUAAAGGCAGCAACAAGCCAGCAGGGCCACUGUCCCCCACCACGCCCGAGGGCUCCAAACAAGACUCGGGGUGUGAGAUUGAGGACACGGUAAUUGUGGGUGGAACCCGACCGGAUGCGAAGCGGGAGGUGCGCACCAUCGGAGUGGGACCGGAGAACUCGAGGGGCAGUCGUCAGGUGGGAGUCGGGGUUCGGGAGGAGGACCUGGGGCUGCUGCCGGAGACGGAGGCGCUCAAGAAUCAAGUGGGUCAACUUGAGGGCAAGCUAAAGUGGACAACGCAGGAGCUGGAGGCUGCGCAGCAGCAGCAGCAGCAGCAGGCAGCAGCAGUCCAGAAAACUCCUCAGGCAGAGCAUCCGGUCAUGGCCACCAGCGUGGGCUGGCAGGGGCCGCAAGGCUGCAGCCUGCACACUCUGGUCAGCUUCACGCAGCAGCCCCAACAGAGGGAACAGAGAACUGUGGGAAUCCAGGUGUACACACUGGAGCAGCCGACUGUUGUGGAGGUGGGGACUCUGCUCCGGGCAGAGACCUGCAGCUCCCCCGCCCUUCAACCCGCCGGUGGAGUUUCGGAGGGCUACCACACAGGACAAGCUGAAGGUCUGGAUUCAGACGUUCCGGUUGAGUUGCCGAUCGCCGUCAGCUCCAAGCAGGUGCGCGAUGUCCUGAAGAGCGAGUUGUCCACCUCGGUACCUGUGGCUAAUCCGGCCAUCGCGGUUGGCACGUCCAUUAAUCAGAUCGGCUUGAUGCAUUCUCAAGGAGGAGAGACGCACCUGCACACAAACACAGUGGCCGUCCAGUCACAAGAAGGCCCCAAGACGGCCUCGUCCCCUCAGUCCCUGAGGUCCAUUAUGAAGCGGAAGGCAGAAGGGGAACCAGGUUCUCCCUCCACGAAGAAAAACCUACAAUUCAUUGGCGUCAAUGGAGGUUACGAAUCCACGUCGUCGGACGACAGCAGCAGCGAGAGCUCCGACGAGGCGAGUGACUCUAGUGAAUAUCACGAAGCCAGAGAAAAACUACCCGAAUCUUCGGCCCUGCACCAGCAAGCGGCCCUCGCCAGGGUCUCACUGCCCCAAGAAAGCAACAGCGUACCUCAGCAGGCCGCCGCCAAUCUGCCAGCCGUCGUGACAGGAACGCAGCACACUCCCAGCCAGUCUGCGACCGUGGACGCGAGUCUGCCGGACAAAGUCCCCCAGUCACCAGCAACGGAUUCUGUUGUGCAAAAAUGUGCCUCGCAUGAGCCGCCAGCAAACUCCUCUGCCCCUGGAGAGGAAAAGCACACAGUCACACUGGAGAUCACCUCCGCACCAUCAAGCGCCGGAUCCUCGUCUGAGCAAAGCUCCACAAAGUCGCUGGUGUCCUGCUCGCCGUCGCCGUGUGUCACUAACACCGCUGAGCAGCAACACGUCGUCCAGGCGGAAACAACCGCCCUCUCCGGCCAGUCGCAGUCGAAGCCAGCGGCUGAGAGCAGCACGAGCGACACUGCCACCGCGUCAGGCAAACAAGUCAGACUGGAGCUGAGCGACGCCCUGAUGUCGGCGCUGAGCGCCCUGCAGAAAGCCCUCGGGGAGCCCAACGCCUUCAGUCAACAGGGAGCAAGGGCGGCCUACACCACCGUGCUGCAGGAGUGGCUGCGCGUGUCCUGUCACAAAGCUGCGGACACGGCCGCGGUCAAGGCCCACAUGGACGCCUUCACCUCGACCUCCCCUCAGCUGCUGCAGUUCGUGAUCAACAUGGCGGACGGCAACGGCAACACGGCGCUCCACUACACCGUCUCCCACUCCAACUUCCCCGUGGUGAAGCUGUUGCUGGAAACCGGCCUGUGUAAUGCUGACAAGCAGAACAAGGCGGGCUACACCGCCAUCAUGCUGACGGCUCUGGCCGCCUUCCACUCUGACAGUGACCUCCAAACCGUCCUGCAGCUGCUGCGCACGGGGGACGUCAACGCCAAGGCCAGCCAGGCCGGACAGACCGCACUGAUGCUAGCGGUCAGCCACGGCCGAGGGGACAUGGUGCGGGCACUGCUGUCCUGCGGGGCACAGGUCAACAUCCGCGACGACGACGGCUCCACGGCGCUCAUGUGUGCGUGCGAACACGGCCAUGUGGACAUUGUGCGUCAGCUGCUGUCUGUGCCGGGCUGUGAUGCCACUCUCACCGAUAACGACGGCAGCACCGCGCUGUCCAUUGCCCUGGAGGCCAGCCAGAAUGACAUCGCUGUGCUUCUGUACGCUCACCUCAACUUUGCAAAGCCUCCUUCCCCUGUUUCACCUAAGUCUCCUCUCUUGGGUUCCUCGCCGCCUUCCGGUGAAACAAAAUAAGCCACGCCCCCUUCUGUGGCUGACAGUCGUUCCACAGCCAACCACUGCAACUGCUCAUAUUACAGUGUGAUCUUUCUCUCCCAUUGUGUAAUUAAGAAAGACAUUGUGUGCGUGCGCGUGUUUCCACCCUCCAUAAUUUAAGUUCAAGAUAACGUGCAGAUCAUUUCGUGACAGCUUGCACCAUUAUUAUCUGUUGGGGGUUUUUUUGUACACCGUGAUCUUUUUUGUUUGGAUGAAACACAGUGCUGGAUGAAAACAUGGUUUUCUUGUGUGGUACAAUCUGAAAAGUAAACGUGUAAAGUUCAUAUGUAAACAUCAGCGCAGUCCGGCAACAAUCCAGUUGUCAACACUGCUUUUAGUGGCACUUACCAGUCGAAACUGUUCACCAAAAUCACACUAUACAGUUCAUUAUACACUCGUUUUUUAAUUCAUACAAAUCUCACAUCCGUUGCUUUAAAAGAGCAAUAUUUUGUCAUUGUAAUAUCGACAAUGGUUGUUUCACAGUAGCAUCGUUAUGUGUGUGUGUGUGUGUGUGUGUGUGUGUGUGUGUGACCUUCACUGUCAUUUGGAAUAGCAAGCCACCCCUCUCAUAGAUAAGUGUCCUUGCAUCAACUAGCUCAUUGGUGCUUCAAAAAUAUCAUACGGGAAAACACCAAUUCAACAAUAUAUCAAUAUUUAUACACAAGAUUUAUUCACGCAAGAGUAUUUUUGAUAUAGAUUUUGUUUUUAGUCCGACUCAAUUCGGGACCUCCGACGAUCAAGAUUUUUUAUUUCCCAAGCAAUAGUUUACUUAUGACACAUUUUUUAUGACAAAAUUUAUUUUCUGUGUCCACCACAUUUUUCCAAAGAUGUUUCUCUCCUACCAGCUCUGUGACACUGUAUGUUGUGGUAAUAACGUUAACGCAGGCCGAGAACGAUGUAGAAGAAGAAGAGACAUAGUCAAGUGUUAAUCUCUGAAGGCUAGGGUACUAUGGUCUUUGUAGUUUUUUAAUGAGUGAAGGUUUAUAGGAUGGUUGUAAAGAAAGGUUUGGGGUGUAUCUGUGUUAAUAAUAUUCUGUUCUUAAAAGAUUUAGCGAGACUUUGUCGAGAAGCGACUGAAAGGCGCCGGGGAAGCCACCUCUGGCGUGGUGAAAUUUGUCAGGGAAACAGAAAGUGACUGAUUGGGGUCUUAAUAAGGAUGUUCUGUGUAAGAUAUGAAUUUCAAAAAUAAUAUAUGUCAAUAUUAACUGCCUAAAAAUCAAAUUCUUUGAACUAAAGUGCGUAGGCUAUUGAUGUCAAAAAUUUCUAUUACUUUUUAAAGUUUUUUUUCUCUCCACAAUUUUCAUAUUCACUUUGAAGGAAAUCAAUUUUUUUAUAUAAACUUUCAAGUUUUUUUAAUUUAAGUAUAUAUCUUUUUUUAUACAUAUAGAAUUUCUAAGCGCACGCCUACUCAAUGUAAUCACACAGCUCUUCAGUUUAUGUUUUUAUGAAGGUUUAUCAAAAAAUUUGCAUUUGUGUUUCUUCUCUUCUAAUUGGUGCGUGUUCUUUUGGAAAAAAUAAUAAAUGUGGACCACACUG